GUCUUAGCCUCAAGCCAAUCCGUACAUGGGCUCAGUUCUCGCGAGAGUGGCGACACCGCGAGAACUACUGUUGUUGAGGUUCUGGUGAGAGCCUGACAGUUUGAGGAAGGAGGGUGGCUGGUUCCUGUGCUGCGUCCUGCCCACAGGACCUGUACAUUGAAGACAAUGUCUGGAAGCUUCUACUUUGUGAUUGUGGGCCAUCAUGAUAACCCAGUUUUUGAAAUGGAAUUUUUACCAGCUGGAAAAAUGGAAUCUAAGGAUGAUCAUCGUCAUCUGAACCAGUUCAUAGCUCAUGCAGCCCUUGACCUAGUAGAUGAAAAUAUGUGGCUGUCUAACAAUAUGUACCUGAAAACUGUGGACAAGUUCAAUGAGUGGUUUGUUUCUGCUUUUGUUACUGCAGGCCAUAUGAGAUUUAUUAUGCUUCAUGAUGUAAGACAAGAAGAUGGAAUAAAGAACUUCUUUAGUGAUGUCUAUGAUUUAUAUAUAAAGUUUGCAAUGAAUCCAUUUUAUGAACCAAAUUCACCCAUUCGAUCGAGUGCAUUUGACAGAAAAGUUCAAUUUCUUGGGAAGAAACACCUUCUAAGCUGAAUACAGAAAAUUUCUUAAUUAUGUGGGGUCAUAGUAUUCAUUGUAAGUAACUGAGAGCCAUUCAAGUCUACUGUGUCUAGUCUUGGCUUUCUAAGCCUCUGUAAAUUAACCUUUCUAGUUAGAAAGACGAUAGGACACCUUUUGUUGUAAUUGUGGCAGAUGAUCCAAUCAAAAUAACUUAUACUUUUGAAAAAUACUGUAUUUAUGAAGACUGCUAGAUGAAGUGCCCUGACAGUUAUUUUCGCUUUAAAAAUUGUAUAGAAGAUUCUUUGACUAGUCUAAUAUAGUCUUUUUAAUUAAACUGUAAAUUACACAAAUGUCAUACUGUUGAUUUGGUUUGACAGAUCUUAAACUGAAAUAUAAAAGUUAGCCCAUAAUAGGAAAUAAAAUUUACAGUAUACACAGGGGUUUUUUUUCUUUAUAAAUGUAGGUGAUAUUCAUAGUGCUGAAGAAAAGCGCUUUUUUGGUCAAAUUUUUACUAAGUAUUUAUCUGAUAGCAUGAAGUAUCAAGUCUGGCAAUAGUACUGAAAAAGACAAAACUUAAGAGCAUGUAUAUAAAUAAGACUGUCUAUAAAUGAAGUGGUUGCUGAGAACAAAAGUAUGUAAACAGUACACCUUUGCAUACUCUUUUAACAUUGUUAUGUAUUUGGAAUCUUGAGGAUAUGUUUUCUUUCCUCAACAAGAGUAACAAGAAUGAUGACUUCAUUUCCUCUUAAUAAAUUAGUUUCAUACUUUUGUAAAGGUAUUUGUGUUAUUUGCAAAUUUUAGCUUUUAACAAUAACCUGAAUUAAAGUUUGGCAGUCUGACAGUAAGCAUAUAGGCUAGGAGAGUUGCCUGGGCCUUUUUUACAUUGUAUGGAAAGUAUGGAAUCUUAUUCUGUAAAUUACGUGGUAUGUUUGUAAACAGAUGACAUGUUCAUAACCAGAUCAUUCUUAAGAAAACUACAAAUGUCUAGAAAACUAUUGUUGAAUUCGGUAUAAUAAAAGGGAACUUUUAAGUUUUGAAA